AUGGAGCAUAAGAAUGAAGCAGAUCUGAGAGAAAGCAUGGGCUUUCAUUUCAGAAACAAGGACAUGAUCAUAAAUGGCUUGGUCAGUAGAGCUGAAGAAGAAGAGAAGCAUCACAAGAAGGUAAAGCUAUACAAGCACACAUAUUUGUUCAGAAAACGGACUACGCGCCUUCAUGAGAACGACAUCGUGAAAUGGGCUAAGAGCAGGGCUUCAAAGCAUACUGCCCUUAGGUACCUGACCUCAAUGGACGAGUAUAAAUAGAUUUGGACAGAUCAAAAGAUUGUUCGUCAACACACAGAAGAUGGAAGAUAGCCUAAAAGGAACAGAUUACCAAAAGAAUAAACAAGAAAGAAUUUUGAAAAAUAGACAAAAGAGGUUAGAUCAAGCACUCAAGCAGAAGUCUGAGAGGAUGUCCAUUAUGGCAGAAGGAAAAACUCCUAAUAUCAAUGAUUUAGCACAUGUGCUUGUUUCGAAGAGAAAAGGCAGCUUUGAUUUUGGAAACAUUAAUUCAUCAAUAAAAGUAAAGAAAAGGAGAAAGUUUAGCAAUAUUUCUGUAGAUGAUGCUAAACUAAAUACGAAUAGCAAUUUAAGAUCACAGUUCAACAACCAACAACAUUUUGUGAAUUAUAAAAAACCUCAAAGAUUGCAUGAACCAAAAUAAAUUUGGAAAAGAACUUUAUCACACUCGUAAUGGGAUUAAAAUGAAUGUUAAGCAAUCAAUUUAUUCCUCAUUCGAUGAUGCUAUUCCAUUAAAGAACAAUCAAAGUCUUCUUAAAGCACCUCAUGAUCCCAAAACUCUUUCUAUGAAUUUCAGAAAAUCCCUAAAAACUCACCUCAAACCCCCUCAAGAAAUUAUAAAACACCAACCCUUUACCAAACCAGGCCCAAAAUUUGCUAAAAACAAGCCUAAACGCCCUAAAAAUGCCUCCAAAAUUGAAUACAGCCCCAUUAUCUGCCCAGAACCAACAGACUUUUCCCAAAACUGCCCUAUCCUCGAUAGCAUCUUCUCCAAAAUCUACACUUCCUUCACUCCAUCAUACAACCCAUCCAAAGUUUCCAAGGAAGAAAAGAAGAAGUAUGCCCCUCAAUCUUUCACUUUUUAACUUUCUUCCCAAAAUUUUCGUCUAACUUCUUAAAAUUCCUUCUAAAUUAAGCACCAAACAGAGGAAAAUGACCGUAUAGGUAUACAGACUGAUACAGACUGUUCCAGGAGUGGAACGAUUUGGCAGAGAAUGGA